AAAAACUAAUACAGAAAAUGUUUGAAGACAUAUGGUGUUGGAGAGUUAAGGAAAAACCAAAGAGAUAGAAUAGAAUAUAGAUAUAGAGUAAUGGAGGAGAGACUGCUGCUUGGGUGUGAUCACUCAAUCUCCAUUCCCAUUUCUUCUUCUUCUUUCAAACCCAUACCCAUAAACACUUCUUCAUCAUCUUCAUCUGGUCUGCCAUUUACGACGACACGUAGAACCAUAAUCUUGACUGCAGUGGUAUCCUCCUACCUUCAAAUCUUUCCAAUAUCUCCAAGUUUAUCUGCUGAAAUUCCCCAACAACAACAACUACUGAUUGAUGAUUCACAACAGGAAGAAGAUCGUGUUGUUACUCUCUUUGAGGAAACAUCACCAUCUGUGGUUUUCAUCAAAGACCUUGAAAUCAUUGAUAACCCGAAAACAACUGAUGAGGUUGUGAUGGUAGAUGAUGAUAAGAAAGCAAUAAUUGAAGGGACAGGUUCGGGCUUCAUUUGGGAUAAGUUUGGUCACAUCGUGACAAAUUAUCAUGUUGUUGAAAAGUUGGCUACUGAUCAAUAUGGGCGACAACGUUGUAAGGUAUUCCUAGUUGACAAGAAUGGCAACGGUUUAUCUAGAGAUGGAAAGAUUGUUGGCGUUGAUCCAUCAAGCGAUUUGGCUGUUCUAAAGGUUGAUGUCGAAGGGAUCGAAGUUAAGCCAGUAGAAAUAGGCAGCGCAAGUAAACUAUAUGUAGGCCAGAGCUGCUAUGCUAUCGGGAAUCCUUAUGGAUAUGAGAACACAUUAACCACAGGGGUUGUCAGUGGGCUAGGAAGAGAGAUACCUUCGCCAAAUGGAGGAGCUAUUAGAGGAGCUAUUCAAACAGAUGCAGCUAUUAAUUCAGGAAAUUCGGGUGGACCCUUGCUUGAUUCCCAUGGUCAUGUUAUCGGUGUUAAUACUGCAACUUUCACUCGAAAAGGAAGUGGGAUGUCAUCUGGGGUUAAUUUUGCAAUACCAAUUGAUACAGUUGUGAAGACCAUACCUUACUUGAUUGUUUAUGGCACAGCUUACCGGGACAGGUUUUGACAGCAACCAUGACUAAAUACUGCGACUGCAGCCUGGUUGGUCCGGAGGUGGGGGGCUCAUAUAGAAAAUACUGUUACUGCAAUUGGAAACUACUUGUAUAGUAUCUGUUGUUUUGCUUCAUGUAUUUCUCCAAUGAAUGGGUUUCAACCCUUCAACAUUUUGUUAGCAUGGAGAAACUUGUAUGAUUGUAUCACCAGUGUUCAUUUGCAUAGAGCUAUACAUGCAAGUGCAUCGAGCCAUUGAAUUGAACCAGACCAGACAUAAUUGGCCAGUUCAGUUUAAGGGGAGUCUAAAGUUGUGUUUGAAACUAUCUGAACAAUCAUAUUUUUAUUUCUCAGCC